AUGGCAUCAAUCAUUGAAGUGCCCGAGUUGGUAUUGGAUAAAAUUAUAGAAUUUUCAGACUUGAAAGCUGUCUUGACCCUUCGCCAAGUCUGUCGAGAUUUCCGGAAUUUCAUUGACGACUUGAAAGAUUCGAAAUUGCCGGAUUCAAAAUUCGCACAAAUUGAAAUUAUUUCUGACAAAGACGAAAAGAAGAUAACUUUUGAUUUCAAGUUUCAAUGGAAAAAUAACAAAUAUGGCAAAUUUGAAUAUUGUGGAUGUGGCGAUCAAGAUCUAGAAUGGAUUCUGAAAUUUCAAAAAUCCAAUUUGCAAAGGCUAUAUUUUCAUUUCGAUGAUUUUCAACUCCAAACGGAGUCUUCGAUUCAUACUUUACCAAUUAAGCUGAGCAAUAUGUUCAAUGCAUCCGGUCGAAAAAUCAAAACAAGGGAAUUGAGUAUAAAAACGUACCAUCAGUCUCAAGUGACUCCAUUUUUACCGAUUGCUGAUCUAGAAGCUCUGAAAAUUAUCGAUUUGUAUUCAUUGGAGGAUAAUAUGGAGAUUGAAAUCGACGAAAUAGUGAAAAUUGAGCAAUGGAAAAAAGCGAAGGAGAUGAAUUGUGAUUUUCAUGUGGUGAAUCUAAAAGUAGAAGAUAUCUGUCAUUUUUCAAGAUAUCGUGUACAAUCAAACACAAUUUCCGCAAGGGACUUGGACUUUUUGAAGAAGGCUAUCACCAGUUCUUUGAAAUUCGAAUAUUCCUGGCUUGCAGUGAAUAUUUUCAAUGAAAACGAGGAAAUUUUCAAUUUGUGGGGUCCUGCGUAUCUUUCUGGAUCUUCAAGUCUUUGGUAUUUUCGAAUCAAGGACUCGGAGGAGAAUAUUUUGGUGAUCGACAUCCAGCAAGUUUACAAUCACAUUUAUUUCGACGUCAUUGAAACGAGAAAAGUUCCAAAUAGAGCGAUUGUACAUGAUUAUAACGAAAACUGA